AUGUCCAAAUUUAUUGAUAAUUAUCUUAGUUGGAUGGAAUUGUGUGGUAGAGUGUUGGGAUUAGCUUUAUUGCAUCGUUGCCUUUUGGAUUGUUUCUUUACAAAACCUUUUUAUAAAAUUUUGGCAAAAAUCCCUUUAGAAUUAAACGAUCUUUUAGAAACGGAUAAUGAAUUAUUUAAUUCUCUCAAUUGGAUAAACAAAAAUUCUGUAAAUGUUGAAAAUUUAGAAUUAAAUUUUUGUGUAACAGAAGAAGUGGCUGGAGAAAUCUCUGAUUUCGAAUUACUUCCAAACGGCAAAAAUAUAUUUGUAAAUAAUGAAAACAAAAAGAAAUUUAUUGAAUUAAUUAUUUUAUGGCGUGUUGAAAGGGGUAUUCGAGACCAAUUAAAAGCUCUCCUAUUUGGAUUAAACGCGGUAAUUGACCAAUCAUUAUUAACUGUUUUUGACGCUGAACAGUUGGAAUUUGCAAUUUCUGGGAAUAUUUUUAUUGAUAUUGAGGAUUGGGAGAAAAAUACUGUUUAUAAGGGAGGAUAUAGAGAAAAUCAUGUAAUUAUUCGUUGGUUUUGGCAAUGUGUUAGACAAAUGUGUAAUGCUGACAGGCUUAAACUUUUACAAUUUGUAACUGGAAGUGCCAGUGUUCCCUUUGAAGGAUUUAAAGGAUUGAGAGGUUCAAAUGGGUUGAAACCUUUUUGUAUUGAACGUUGGGGAAAUGAAGAAAGUCUCCCUCGCGCCCAUACAUGUUUUAAUCGUUUAGAUUUGCCUGCUUAUUCUAAUAAACAAAAAAUGUUUUCGAAAAUUAUGUUGGCUAUUUCAGAAAGCUCAUAUUAUGCGAUUGAAUAG